AGAUGCUCUCGUAGUCUGUCAGUGAAAACAGUCGCGCGAGCUACGUUCGAUAGUUCGUUUGUUCCGUCCAGUGGCUGUGGUAUUCCGUGUUCCACGAGUAACUCCAAUACCGCAGAAGAAUUGUGAUCAGUCGGUCCCACGGAGUUGCGACCGCCAGCCGGUUCCAUCUGCGCAGUGAGAUUCGAGAAGUUGAAGACGUUCGCGUUACCGAUACGUUUCUCGGUGGUUACCCAAACCGGGAAACCGAACGACCUGGUAAAAGGAGCCGAUCGAUAAGGGAAUCGAUUCGAGCCGAUUUCACCCCAACCGGAAUCAUCAAACAAGCCGGGCAGUACAAUUGACGAAUUGCUAAAAGCACAGGGAAAAACGAUCAGAAACGAGCUCAGACGAUGACGACAAUCAAGCAGAUUCUUCGCUACGCCCGAAGACUCGGCCAGGUCUCCGAGUCUGGGAGCCGAGUUUUAAACCGGGCCGUCAGAUGCGCGUCCACCCAGCCGCAGCACAAGAUCAUCGAAGGUGAAAAUGGAAAAAAAAUUUUCGCCACUCCGUACGAGUUCACGUACCCGGAGAUGUGUGUCCAUGAUUACGUCUGGAGGAAAAUGAAUAAUUACGCCAAUAAACCUGCACUGGUAUGCGCGGUGACCGGAAGGAGAUACACGUAUAGCGAGGCGAGGGACGCUGCUAAUUAUAUUGCGAGAAGUUUGCAGAACUCUAAUCUGAAGAAGGGCGACGUGGUGGCCCUGAUCACGCCAAAUUAUCCUGAAGCUAUUUUAGCCUUUCUCGGGAUCUUGGAGGCCGACAUAACCAUUACCACUAUCAAUCCUGCAUACACGCCCGCCGAAAUCAGAAGUCAGUUAAAGAGUUCCGGAGCAAAGGUGGCCAUUACAGUCGCAGAAAUCGCACAGAACGUAGUACAAGCAUCGGCAGGCCUAUUCGGGCCUGGAUCACCCAUCAUGGUUAUCGAGGAUGGUACUGGACCCAUUCCUGAAGGCACUGUACCGUUUAAGGAUUUAAUAACUCGAGGGAAGACGUUACCGCCUUUAAAGAAUUCCCAGGCGUCCGUCGACGAUGUGGCAGUGCUUCCAUAUUCGAGCGGGACGACAGGAAUGCCAAAGGGUGUAAUGUUGACCCACAGAAAUUUGGUCUCCAACAUGGAGAUGGUAGAUGUCACCACGAGAGAAACGAUGUUUCUGACCACCACAGAGGAUUUUCAAGAAGUGGUUCCCUUAGUUUUACCGUUCUUCCACAUUUUCGGGAUGAACAGUAUCGUUCUGCCACGCCUUGCCAAUGGAACGCAAAUAAUUACUCUUCCCAAAUUCGUGCCAGAACUGUUCAUCAGUGUCUUAGCAAAACAAAGGGUGACAGGUUUGUUCCUCGUACCGCCGCUAGUUUUAUACUGUAACGCUGUUCCCCACAUAAAGAAGGAAUAUUUGGAGAGCGUUCACCACGCUAUAAUCGGAGCAGCGCCAUUAUCGAAAGCGGACGCAGACAGGUUCUACGAAAAGUUCAACUUGACCAACGAGAAGCUAAAGUUCUGUCAAGGAUAUGGAAUGACGGAGACCUCGCCAGUCAUUUGCCUGGAAACAACUGGGAAAAAGACAGGAAGCAUCGGGAAGACUAUGAUCGGAUGCGAACUACGACUGGUUGACUCUAUCACCAACGAAGAUAUUUCGAAUCCUGGAGAGACUGGUGAAAUCUGGGUCAGGGGGGCUCACGUUAUGAAAGGGUAUUUUAAUAACGAGAAGGCCACGAAAGAGAUAAUCGUCGAGGAUGGAUGGCUGAAAACAGGGGACAUCGCUUACUAUGAUGAGGACUUCGAUUUCUACAUCAAGGACAGACUGAAGGAGCUAAUUAAAGUCAAGGGAUUCCAGGUGAGGACUUUUCCGUGUUUGCGAUUCUUUAAGGGGGUAAGGUAUUCUACAGGGUGAUCCGCUCGCUAGUAGACACAA